CAACCCCACCACCAUCCCCGCCCAUCACCACCGCCCAACUCCACCGACCACACACGCAACCACCGCUCCCCAUCCCCGCCCGCCACCGCACCCACCCUCUAUACCCACGAUGUCACCGCGCCUAAUCCUCGCGCGCCACGGCGAAACCGCAUGGACGCUGACCGGCGCACACACGUCGACGACGGACCUUCCGCUGACCGCGCGUGGUCGCGCAACAAUCUCUCUCGUCGCGUCAUCCUCCGUCGGCCGCGGGCGCGCUAUCGACCCGGCACGGCUCUCGCACGUCUUCGUUUCCCCGCGGCUGCGCGCGCGUGAGACGCUCGACUUGCUGCUGCCGCAGCCUCCCGCGCACGUGGCUGUUACUACCGACGAUCGCUGUCGCGAGUGGGGGUACGGCGAGUAUGAGGGUCUGCCGCCCGCGGAGAUUAGAAAGAGGAGGAGGGAGCAGGGAUUGGAUACCGAACGGCCGUGGGAUAUUUGGGUUGAUGGUACGCCUGGUGAGGGUGGGGAGAGCCCUGAGAGCCUGGCUGCUAGGAUCGAUGCGGUGAUUGAGGAUGUGAAGGCCAUUCAGAAGCAGGCGCUGAAGGGUGGCGAGAGGGUGGAGGAGGAUGAUAGGGACGUGCUGGUCGUCGCCCAUGGGCAUUUCCUUAGAGCGUUUGUGAAGCGCUGGGUCGGGUUGCCGCUCGCGAGCCCGUUGUUGCUUGUCUUGGAUCCCGGCGGUAUCGCGGUCAUGGGCUACGCCCAUGGCAGGGUCGAGGAGCCGGCGUGGGUUGUUGGCGGUGUUUUUGGGAUGGCGGAUGUGCCGGCGGAGGAGGGGAAGAAGUAGUGGGUGGGAUUCGAUUGCUUUCCUGCCGUUAGAUAUAGAGAGUGUAAUACCCCGAGCUGCAUUCUUGGUUGUUUGGAAUCUUUUGGUGCCGAAGAAAGUGAGCGAGUGAUUCGCCUUAUUAUCUUGCACAUAUCGGAGACCGAUGCUCAGCUUAUUGUAAAUGAUGGGUACCGUACCUCGUCUCUAACAC